AUGGGCUUUGUAGAGAAACUUAAGACACAGUUCGACCUAUGGAAACUGGAAAAAUACACAAAGCGUCGUCAGGUCGCAACCCCCGAAUUUGAGCAAAAAGAUCGCGAUUUCUAUCGACACUACUACCAGGAUGGCGUGUACCUGCAUCAGCACCAAAAAAAUGCAGCAGGCGAAGUACGGCCACCGCCAACAGUGCCCAGCAGCAACAAGAACCUUAACAGAAAAUCCACGAUGCUCGGCAGAAAGAGUGAACACAUCACCCGAUGCUCAGAGACCUACAAUUUCUCAUGA